AUGCAGGGCGCCCCCGAGAGGAGGAGCAGGGCUUCGCCUGAAAAGGCCAACGAGAGCUCUAAUAAGGCGCGGCUGGACCUUCCCGACGGCCACAUGAAGCAAGAGGCGGCCGGUGGAGGAGAUGGAGGCACCAUCGUUGGGGCGGCGUACAUCCAGCGAGUGGAACUCGCCGUGAGGAUCUACAAGCAAGUCCUCCACUGCCCCCUGUGCACCCUCCCCUUCAAGCCUCCGUGCAAAGCGGGGCACUCGGCUUGUGGCGGCUGUGUUGCCCUGCUGCCCUUCGGGCAGUGCAAGGCAUGCAUGGACGGCGGCGGUUUCUUUGACCCCUGCCCUGCGCUGGACGCCGUGGUGUCCUCCACCAGGAUCAGGUGCCCCAACGCCGGCUGCCAGUGGUACGUGACCUACCAUGAGGUCGCCGAGCACCAGAAAGCAUGCCCGCACGCGCCUUGCCGGUGCAUUGAGCCUGGUUGCGGCUACGUCAGCGCGCCGCAGUCGCUCGCCGGUCACCUCCAUACUGUCCACUUGGUGCCGGUGCGUGAUGUGCAGUAUGGCAAGGUCAUCAAGCUAAAUCUACCGGUGUCGACCAGGUGGAUGGUGCUCCUCGGCGACGACAACUGCGUGUUCCUCAUGAUCGUGGGCGCGCUCGCUGCCGGCGUGACCGCCGUGUCUGCGGUGUGCGCCAGGGCGAGAGCGGUGGCGCGACCGCGGUUCAUGUGUAAGAUGUGGGUCAACCUGGAGACACCCUUGGUAGCAGUGGCGAACUGCGGCAAGGAGGACAUGGUGCUCGUGGACAUGCACAUGAGGAGUAGCUCAACGCCCGGCGCCGUGGUCAUUGCGGGCGAGCCCACGUUCCUGACGGUGCCGCCAAUGUACCUGGUGCCAGCAGCAGGAGACAGAGCAUCCAUGGAAGUUCCCCUGCACAUCCGCAUCGAUAAGCUCUCCCCUUGGUCUGAAACAUUGGUGUGA